GUUCCGUUUUCUUUUAUGCUUGAGAAACCAGACUUGAAAAUUUCUAACUCGGUGCCAUCACAACACUCUCCGGCAGAGAGCCCCAAGAGUCUACAAUUUUCACUCCGAAAAAGAAUGAUUACUUUAACAAAAAAAUUGAAAUCAAGUAAGGGAGGAGGGUUACCAGACCCUCCUAAGAAGCGGAUAUCAAUUCGUGAUCAACUACUUGUUAAAGAGGUUAGUGAAAUGGAGAGUAAUCUUCCGGAAGGAUGUGCUGCAAAGUUUGAUGACCCAGACACUUUACACUCUUUUCAUCUAAUUGUGACACCCCCAGAGGGCUAUUGGUCUGGUGGUGUUUUUGCAUUUAGUAUCAACGUCCCUGAAGAAUACAACAUAGCACCGCCUUUAGUGAGGUGUGAAACAAAACUCUGGCAUCCAAAUAUUAGUGAAGAGGGAGAAAUCUGUUUAUCUCUGCUUCGGCAAAAUUCCAUCGAUGGCCUUGGUUGGGCCCCUACACGAAGAUUAAAGGAUGUUGUCUGGGGUCUCAGUAGUUUAUUUAUGGACCUGUUGAACUUUGACGACCCUCUCAACAUUGAAGCCGCUGAACAUUAUCAACGAGACAAGGAAUCUUUUAGACGGAAAGUUAGGGAAUAUAUUGAUAAGUACACAAAGCGAUGAGAUGCUUGGUGCUUUAUAGUAUGUUUGUAAAUACUCUUUACUAUUACUAGUGAAUUUUUCCUCCUUGUUCAACCAUAAACUAACAUUUUGUACAUUUUAGCUCUUCAGAUAAGCCAAAUUAGGUAAUGACUAGAUUUUGAUAUAUAUAUACAGUAUAUAUAUAUAUAUAUAUUAUAGGUCGUCACUGUUUGUCUCUUCAAAAUGGGGCAUUAUACGCUACCGGGUAUAUAAAAAAAUAACUAACUGGUAAUUGACUUUUUUUUUUAUACUAUUACAAGCCCUCUCACGCUAUGGUGCAGGGUGGGUGAAAUCAAGAGCAAUUCAGGCAUACAAUAUUGUUGAAUUUGAAGAAAUGCUUGAGUGAUAUGUCAAGAGCUGACCUAGAACAUGCAGUAAUUUCUUCCGUGUGUAUUUGGAAGUUCAGUAUUAGUUCUUUAUACUCACUUGUUCCUGUUUUAUUGGAAAUUAAAUUCUCAAAUUAUUUAGAUAUUUGGACAUUGUCUGGACACCUUUCUACAAUAUCUUUUUUUUUUAUCGUAACAAAUGUAUAAGUCAUGUUUGUAGAGAAGCCGUGAAUUUAUAGAGUCCAGUAUGUGAAAAAAGUUAGCUUGUGUUAAUCUCAGAUAUACAGUACAGUGUACCCUCAUUACCCUAAUUAGGAUUUCGGCUUAAUUUGUAUUUUUCCCCCCCCCCAAAUAAAUUAACUGUUUGAAUGCGAAAUAACCAAGCGGUUAUUUGGGAUAACGAGGAACAAAACAAAUGUAAAUGUAAAUUUUCUAAUAAUGUCAAAAUAUAUCAGAACUCAGUUAAUUCAGAUUUUUCAGUAACUCGUGUGACCCAGAGCCCCCCUUUUGUCUAAAUAAUGCGGGUAAAGUGUACUGUUAUAUACUGUGUGUAUGUUUUUGCAACCGUCUUUCAUCUUGAGUAUAUUUUUGUGGUUAUAAGCUAGACUGAGAUCAAAGAAUUAUUUUUUGUUGUAAGUGCAGUACCCCCUCCCCUGUACUACAGUGUUUAAUUACAUCCAGUGUUUAAUUACAUUUAGGUGAAAGUUCAAGUGAAACUGAAAUACAGUAUAUCAACAACAAUUCCCUGUGCCUCAUUGAUACUGACAAGAAGAUUAUGGAAGCAUCUCAACAGGAUAAGCAAAAGUAUGAAACUAUAAUCAAAUUAGUUAAUGAAUUAUUUUUUGACAACAGAAUCUGGAUAUUGUUCACAUUUCUCAAGUUUUGAUGUUCAGUAGAUGACACACCUGCCUUGAUACAGUGGCCAGAAUCAAGAGUAAAUGGAGACUCUUCCUUCCAACUGUAUAGUAUGUCAAUUUGCAAAUAGUAAGAAAUUUUUCUAUUUGUGGAAAAGGAGAAAAUGCGAAUUUGUUCAACAUUAUUUUUGGCGAGUGAAAUUCUUCAGUGUGUAGAACUGUGAUGCAAUUUUUGUUACAUCAACAGUGCUUGAAUUAUGUUCAUAGUACAGUAUCUCAUCCUGAUAUUUUGUAACAUGCCAUAAAGUGAAUGAAGAAAUGAGGUGCGUAUGACCGGAGGGGACAAAGUGCCACUAUGAUCAGUAUUGAUAUUUUUUCACAAACGGAGAGAGAAACCACCUCUGUAUCCUGAGCAGAAGAGGCAAUAUGUUCGAUUUUACCCACACAUCACUACAGGCAGGGCUGGUGCUGAAGGUGGCAAGCAGUCGAUCACAGAGGAAAGCACCACUUCAUUUUUUUUUCUGGCACUUUGUCCACUGGUCCUAUACACCUCAAAUAUGCCUGAAUAUAUUUAAUACAAUAAUUGUAAAAAAGAAUCAUUGAGUAAAAUAUAUAAGCAAGAAUGCUUGUUUUGAGGCGUCUCCAGUGGGAUUGUUAUGUAGGUUUAUGUCAUAAGCUUAUUUUUGUUUGUUUUUCUAUCAAGUUGCUUUUAUAUGCAGUUGUGAAAUGCAAUAGUUUUUAUAAUGUGUCAUUGGCUUUGUCAUCCCCUUUUAAGAUUCAUUUUUUAUGUUUUUACUACAGUGGAAUUAGGUGAUAUAAAAAUGUGCUGAUGUAACUACCAAUCUUAAGAGUAAUUUCAUAAUAAGUGGUGUUGGCUUUGGUGGAGUUUCAGCAAAAUUGUCCUGAAAAUAUCCAACCUAUCAUUUAUAUUGUGUUGUCCAAACUACCUUUUAUUUUACUUUAUAAUCUAUUUAAUUUCCCUUUUCUACCUCUUUAAUUACAACCGUUGACUUUUAUGCAGCGAAACACACAUUAUUACUACGAACAUAAAUGAUUAACUACGAAAGGCAUUACAUUUAAUCAUUAGUGGCUAUUGGACUCAUAAACUGUUGAAAUAUUAAUAAAUCAUUGCUGCCUCCUUGA